AUGUUAUUUUCAGUUGGAUCCUUCUUCACACUAUGUAAGAGUGGUGACGAUGCUUGUAUCCUGUCCUCUGCCAAGACCUCUCUACCAAUAUUUGCGAAGGGUAUUCCUGAACUAGGAGUUAAGAGUCUAGACCCCAUGUACAUACCUCUGAUAGUGAGUGAUGAGAGUGGACUCAAGCUGAAGUUCAAGAACUCGACCCUCACUGGCUUGUCGGGAUGUGUUGUGGAUAAUUUCAAACAUGAUCAUAUCAAAAAGAAGCAGUUGCUAAAAAUUACUUGUGACGUCUCUUUGACCGGAGACUACGAAGUUCAAGGAAAAGUGCUGAUACUACCAGUGGAGGGAAAUGGAAAAUAUAAAAUAGAUAUACGUGGCAUCACGGUAAAAUGUAAUUUCAAUUUGAAUGAAUUCGAAAACUCCGGAGUAACUCACUGGAAAAUAGACGACGAUUGGUCUGAGACUUACAAAUUCAAAGUUCGGGACGGAGCUGUCUUCCACUUCGAAAACCUAUUCAACGGCAACAAAAUACUUGGCGAUCCAGUCUUGGAAUUGUUGAACUCAAGUUGGAAGGACGUUAUGGAAGAUAUCUCGCCUCCAAUAAUCAAAGCUAUCAUUGGACAAGAAGUUGAAGCUGUGAACACGCUGUAUAGUGCUGUACCCGCUGAUGACUUUUUAUUAAAAUAA